AUGAUUAUAUUGGAAAUAAUAAUUACUUAGAACGAAUAUAACCUCAAAUCCAAAAGCUCAAAACCAUAGUACAAGUACCAUGAAACCUAAAAAAUAAUUUUUUAUUUCGCAAUUUAUUUUUAAAUACUAUGUUUACUAAUUUCUCAUUCAUUUUUAUUUUUAAAUCUCAAUGAAAUUUAUUAGGAGAAUAUACUUGUUUUUAUCAAAAUAUAGUUGCAUUUAUUUAGUUUAUCAAAAUAUUUAAGUUACAUGAAUUUUCCUAAAUAUUUCAUAUUUAAUAUAUCCUUGCAAUAAUCAGUAAUGGAAAAUUCAAAUCAACUUCUUUUUUAUAGAACUUAAAUAAACUGUUGGACUUCCCAUUAGAACUGGUUAUAUAGUUUUUAUAAUUAUGGCUUUUUGAUUAAAAAACCCUUUAAAACUGAGAUAGCAUUUGAAAUUUUUGGUAAUCAAAAUAAAAGGAAUUCCCAAUAAUUGGUUGAAUCAUGCCUUUAUAUAUGGUCAUCAAAAUAGGAUUGGAUUAAACAAUUGCACAUCUUAAUUAAGAUUUUAUUAAGCAAUUUGUAAUUAUUAAUAGAUCUGGAUCUAUUGAAUCUAUUUUUAAAAUUUGAUCAUCGAGUCUGUUUAACGGCUGCUUAAGCAUUAUAACAUUCAUAUCUACAGAUUUUACACAGCGAAGUAGAUGAUGUAUAUGAGUAAGCUUUAUUUUACAUAAGCCAACAUCUCUUCCAGUCAAUCCCUUGGAAUUUUGAGUAGCUAUUCCAACAAAAUAUUCUAGAUAUGCUCUAUGAAGAGAUUUUGUUUUAUCAUUUUUCACAAUUUAGAAAUUAGCAGUUCGAAACACUAUAAUCUGAUUAAUCAUUAAUAAGCCAUAUAGUAGACAAUGAAAAUGCUAGGAUAGUUGAUCAAAAUGCUGAUGAAUGA